AUGCGUCGUCUACAUGUCCUAUUCCUACUCCGGCUGCAACGUAUUUUCAAAAGCCGCCGCCGUCACCAAAAACACCUUCAAGUCAUCUUGCACCUUCAACAGGACAUUCUCCUUCUCAUUAUUGACAAUCUAGCCCUCCAUGAUAGAUUCCUUCUUUCGCACACCUGCAAAGCCUUCCGGCACAUUACACUUCAAGACUGGCGCGCCGUCGUUCCACGAGUUUCCUUGGAGGACAAGCGUUUGGAACAUUUUGGACAGUCUUACGAAGCGGAGCCAAAGAUCAAUAACAGACAAUUUUUGUUACGCGAGACGUGGAAUCUCAGCAAGAGGCAGAUUAUGGGUUAUAAGAAACAGAUGAGCGAGAUCACGCAGCUCGAGCAUAUGGCUCUCCUCACGGACGCCACUGUAGUCGAGGAUGAGAUUGAGUUGGCUCUCCAAUCACCGGGCCGAUGGAGAUACAACUCCUGCAUGCGCUGCCACACAGAUUCCGGCGUCAUGAUAUCCCCGGACGAGAAAACGGCGACAAUCCAGGCCUGGCACAAUUUUGGCGGGGAAGAGUCACCAAUGGAUGCGAAUUGGAGGGCAUUUGCGGACAAUGAGUACGAUACAGUCUUUGACUGCUUCACGCGCAAUGCGCACCUCCAUCAGCGCCAUGGUGGUGUUCGGGAGUUGUGGUUCGAGGACACCCCCGAACAGUUGCCCCAGAGAGUACGAUAUUUGCUCUACAUGUGGUAA